AAUAAGCCGGUUUACGCGCAUAUGAUUAAAAAGUGUUCUGCUUUUUUUUUUGACAGAUCAUUGUUUUGAUCAAUUAUUUUUCACAAUUCUCAGGUGAAUUGUAAACGUAGAACACAAAAUAAAUGAAAAAUGUCUUUGGAUCAAACAGUGUGUGAAGAUUUAAAAGCAUUCGAAAGAAGAUUAACAGAAGUUAUAUCCAGUUUACAACCAGCCACAUUGCGAUGGAGAAUAUUGCUGGGUUUUAUUUCUAUGUGUACUGCGGUAGGUGCUUGGCAUUGGUUGAGUGAUCCAAAUACAUCAGCAGUCUCGUUUACGCAAAGUCUAUAUAAUCAUCCUUUCUUUGCAAUAGCUAGCGUUAUAUUAGUAAUUCUAUUUAUGUUGGGUGUACACAGACGAGUGAUAGCACCAAGUAUUAUAACCCAGAGAGUACGAAGUGUUCUGGGUGACUUUAAUAUGAGUUGUGAUGAUACUGGUAAACUUAUAUUAAAACCAACGAGACCUCCUCAUCCUCAUGAAACAUAAGGAGCAUAAUGUGUAAUUUUCCUCGUGACAAAAGUGAUUAAAAAAUGAAACAAUGUUUCAAGACAAUAUUAUUUAUAAAAUAAGCUGAGAUAAUUAUUAUUAAUAUCUUUGUCUUCGUUAAAUUUCAUAUAAUUAUUCUUUGAUAUUUAUUGUUUCAACAAAAUAUUGUGACAGCUGCGUUAUUUACUAAUUGUAAGCAAAAAUUUGAGAAAAAAAUUCGACAUUUAAACAAAGAAUUUGUUUAAAAAUUCAUACGAAUUAAUUUCAAAAUCAUUUAUUUCAAUUAAAACUUAUUUUGUUCUUUAACUAAGAUAAAGAAGAAGAAAGAUUGGGUCUCAAUACUAAGUAUACGUUUCAAAAAAAUCGUAUUCUGUCCUUAGUCAAUAAAUUUGAGAAAUAAGUGUACAGAUUAGAAAAACUUAAUUUCUUAUGUCAAUAAAAUAGUUUUCAUAAAAACGUUUUUUCGUUCUUCAUAGAUAAUUAACAAAAGGAAACCUAUAUGAAAGAAAGAAGAAAAAUUGUAACGUUGCAAAACAUUUAUUCAUAUCACUUUCUCCAAAUGUUUACAAUUUAAAAAUUAUAACAUGAUUCAUUUGUUCUUUUACAUAUUAUCGGCCUCAUGUUGUUUUGUAUUUCUUAUGUUUGGUAAAUCGCUUGUUUAAUAUUUAAAAAAAAAACAAAAUUCCAUUCCAAUAUAAUUAUAUAAAUUGUUCAUGAUUAAAAAAAAAAAAAUUUUUUU